AUGACCGACUCGGUUGUAGACAGCAAGGCGGAGGUUAAACAAGCCACAAAAUAUGUCAAAGAGACCGAAAACGUUGCGGAGAAAUAUUCCGCGUUGACUGUCAGCAAGAACAGCAGCGACGUGAACAUGAACGUCGGGGAAAUGCCCUCUCAGCUUUCAUCCGCCGUCCCCACUCUGAAAUCCGUCAAGAAGAUCCAGUUUGCGAACACAGAGGACAAACAGGAAUUCAGCAAAUACCCGACCAAGGCAGGCCGCCGCUCCCUCUCUCGGUCCAUCUCGCAGUCGUCCACAGACAGCUACAGCUCAGCUGCAUCCUACACCGACAGCUCCGAUGAUGAAACCUCCCCCCGGGACAAAGCCCAGGUCAACACCCCCGGCAGCAGUGACUUCUGUGUGAAGAACAUCAAACAGGCCGAAUUUGGCCGCCGCGAAAUUGAAAUAGCAGAACAAGACAUGUCUGCCCUGAUCUCCUUGAGGAAGAGAGCCCAGGGAGAGAAGCCACUGGCUGGGGCAAAGAUAGUAGGCUGCACUCACAUCACUGCUCAGACAGCGGUCCUGAUUGAGACUCUGGUAGCCCUGGGGGCCCAGUGUCGCUGGACUGCCUGUAACAUCUACUCCACUCAGAAUGAGGUGGCUGCUGCUCUUGCUGAGACAGGGGUGCCUGUGUUUGCAUGGAAGGGUGAGUCAGAGGACGACUUCUGGUGGUGCAUCGAUCGCUGUGUCAACACUGAGGGCUGGCAGGCCAAUAUGAUUUUGGAUGAUGGUGGAGACUUGACCCACUGGGUUUACAAGAAGUACCCCAGUGUCUUCAAGAAGGUCCGGGGCAUCGUAGAGGAGAGUGUUACUGGAGUACAUAGAUUGUACCAACUGUCUAAGGCUGGCAAGCUGUGUGUCCCUGCCAUGAAUGUGAACGACUCUGUCACCAAGCAGAAAUUUGACAACCUUUACUGCUGCCGUGAAUCUAUCCUGGAUGGCUUGAAGAGGACCACAGAUAUAAUGUUUGGAGGCAAACAAGUCAUUGUGUGUGGUUACGGAGAGGUGGGGAAAGGCUGCUGCACUGCUCUUAAGGCCCUCGGAGCCAUUGUGUGCAUCACAGAGAUUGACCCUAUCUGUGCCCUGCAGGCAUGCAUGGACGGGUUCCGAGUGGUCAAGCUGAGUGAGGUCAUCCGGCAGAUGGACGUGGUGAUAACGUGCACUGGCAACAAGAAUGUUGUUACCAGAGAACAGCUCGACCGAAUGAAGAAUGGCUGCAUCGUCUGUAAUAUGGGACAUUCCAACACUGAGAUUGAUGUGGCGAGUCUGCGCAGUCCUGAGCUCACUUGGGAGAGGGUGCGCUCUCAGGUUGACCAUAUCAUCUGGCCUGAUGGAAAGAGAGUUGUCCUACUGGCAGAGGGUCGCCUCCUAAACCUGAGUUGCUCCACAGUGCCUACGUUUGUGUUGUCAAUCACUGCUACAACUCAGGCUCUGGCCCUUAUUGAGUUAUUCAAUGCUCCAGAAGGGCGUUACAAACAGGACGUGUAUCUUCUGCCCAAGAAAAUGGACGAGUAUGUGGCCAGUUUGCACCUUCCAAACUUUGACGCCCACCUGACAGAGCUGUCUGACGAGCAGGCCAAGUACAUGGGCCUCAACAAGAAUGGCCCCUUCAAACCUAACUACUACAGGUAUUAAUGAGAGCGCCUGUGGUGUGAUCUUCGACACAGAGUUGCCCUGGGAUAAACAGAUAUCUAUUUUAUUUUCUAAAUUGCUACAAAAACGGAGGAAUUAUUUUACUUAUGCUGAAUGUAACUUAUUAAAAGCACUUCAGACAUAGUGUUACAUAUGAAAAAUAAGAGUAAGAUGUGUAGGAAACAUAUGACAUACAACCAACUAGCUUUUUACCUUUGUCGUGUCACGUGUUUAAACAAAAGCCUGCUUGCAUGCUUUCAUGUGUAUGUACUUAUUUAGUUGCUACUGCUUAUGUUACUAGAUCACAGACUUGUUGAUUUGUUUGUUUACCCUAUUUACGCACAGUGCCAAAUGAAGGCUACAAGAAUGGAAAAGAAAAUAACAUUAAUGUUUUUGUCAAUGGCAUUCAUAUUUUAUGAAUACAUUCCAUGCAAUUUGGGCUGAGCCAAACCAAUCUCUGUGUAACAAUGUACAUUAUUUUAGAUUUGUUUUAUAUGCGUUAAAUAAUCUAUUAGAAUGGUAUCUGCAUACAUGCCCUAAAAGGUAACAUCCAGUCAUCCUUUUUUAUUACACAGAUAAUAUAUCACACUUAUAAACAAUAUGAACCAGUGUUGUUUAUUUUAAGAAGUGGGUUUGGCCUGUGAAAGGCAGAGUCCAUUUUAAAAACUUGACUCAGAGGAGAAAUCUCAGACGAAUGUGUGGUGUUGGCAUUCAACACUCACCCUAAAUGAUCAGCACUUCUGAAAAAAUGGAAAGCAAAGUUUAAUGUGCAAACGACAGAUUGAGAUAUGUUAUGUCUCAGUUUAUGUUAAAGAUAACAGGUGGUUUGUAUUCCUAAAAAGGAAAUAUGGUUGAGAGGGAGCCUGUAAAACAUUUUCAAACUACAAUAACUUUUCUCAUUAAAUACCAAGUUUCCAUUUGCUCACUCCAGCUGAGGUCUGUCUCACUGGUUGGUUUUAAAGUGUUUGGACUGGAUAAUAUCUUUAAGGCCAUGGUAUGAAUGUGCCUUUUAAAUCAUUCACAACAAGUAAAUAUCAACACUGACCUUAAUUACAUAAACAUUCCUUUUUUGUAAAACCACAUCGAUUAGUGGUACAUUUAAUGUCUUCCUUCUACUGCUU